AUGGAAGUCGAUUCCCAGUCGCUGCCAGUGCUCCUGACCACGACGACUCCGCCCACUCCUCCAGCUGUUUCCUCCACUCCUCCUGAGAUUCCUCCUCCAGCAUCUCCAUCCGCCUCUUCUGAAACUCUUCCUCCUGUGGUUCCGCCCGCUCCUCCUGAGACUCCAUCCGCCUCUUCUGAUACUACUCAAACGUCUCCUGAGCCACCUAGUGCUCCAACCCCUGCGGCUCUGCCUCCAGAGACUCAGUUCCCUGAGCCUGCUGCGGCUCCACCCACUCUGCCUCCUGCAGUGUUUUCUCCUGAGCCACCUACUACUCCACCCCCUGUGGCUCUGCCUCCAGAGACUCAAUUCCCUAAACGUCCUCUGGCUCCUCCUCCUGAGACUCAAACCUCUGCUGCUCCAGCGGUUCUGCCCACUCCACCUACGGCUACACCUUCUGAGUCUCAAAUCCCUGCUUCUUCUGCGGCUCUGCCCGCUCCACAUUCAGCUCUGCCUCCUGAGACUCAACUCCCUGAACCAACUGUGCCUCUACCCCUGGGUCUUCACCACCCUGUGACACCUCCCCCUGACCCCCUGCCAGUUCCAUCCUGGUGUCCUGAUCCUCAGCCAGUUGCCUUUCUGGUGCCACCUCCCAAACCGCCAGACACCGUACCCUUCCUGGAGCCACCUCCCAAACCACCGGACCCCUCUCCCUUCCUGGAGGCUCCUCCCUGGCCUCCUGAUAGUCCGCCAGCUCCACCUUGGCCUUACAACUAUCUGUCCUUGGGCAUGGGGGGUGGGAGGGGUGGAGGGGGAGUUCUGUCACCAUCCUUUCAUGUUCACGGACUCUUAGUUUGA